AUGGGUGGUUCACCUGAUCCCAACAAAAUUAAGCAUUAUCCUAACUUCCUCCCGAAUUCUCGCAAUAUGGUAGAUGUCCAAUGUCCAAUUUGGGCACGUACCAUAGAAUGCGAACAAUUUCGGCGACCACCAGCCAAUAUUGAGUUAGUAUUCUCGAACCAGCAGAAUCUCAUAUGGGCAACAGCUAAACCGGGGGAAAAGCCACGCAGAGCCCCAAAAAUUGCGGCUCUACGCGGUGAAACUUCGGAUAUGACGAGAAUGGGGGAUAAGAAGCCGUGGAUAUCAAUACUGGAGCUGCGUUCACCACAUUCAGAACACCACCUAUUACACUCGAACGUAAUAUGUUGCAUACUUUCAUGGGCUUCCAAUGCGUAUGGCCUGUACUUCUCCCACUCGCUUAUGGGCCACGACUUCUCCCACGCAGGGGCCACUACUUCUUCGACACAUCCAAUAUCUAUCAAACCACGGGAGUCCUUGUUGGCAGAGCAACAGCAUGCGACGUCUCUGCUCGAAUUCCCUCAGCACUUCUUGACAUACAAGAGCAGCAUAGCCACGAAUGAGCCGUUGGCUAAUAUUUCACGCGGGCUGGUGCCUCCACGGGAUUAUUCGACCGCGGUGAUGACAGAUGACACUACAAGCGCGUAUGCCUAUCAUUCGCAUUUGAUAAUACGCACGACUCCAAGAAUCACGGACAUUCACCGAACCUCCUACAUAACCGUUCUCGAAUGCAUCGCCCCACAGCUCUACGAAGACUACCUUGUGAAGCUCUGUAGCUAUGGGGGACCCCACAUCACGCCCCAAGCGCGACAGCUUUCUUUCGUUGCCUGGAGAGUUGAGGCUCAAGUUUCAGAAUACUGCUCACCCCCUAUCGACCCAGUCAACAAAGAGAUCGGGGAUGAGUGCGUUAAGAAGAUCACCUGCUUUAUCGAGGACGCCCAGAAGACUUGGCUGCAUCCAGAUGCUCCGCUCCGCGUCAAUCGGCCAGCAUUUUUUUGCCGAGAUCAAGAAUUUUUGUUCUCUAGUACUCAUUCUAGAACGAAGUUUUCCGAAGCAGUUGCAAACAAAAAAUCCACUGUCAUUUCUAUCCUCCCUCUACUCCCUCUCUACCUCUCGACGUUGGUGGUUCAAUCCUACGACGCCAUUAAUGGGAAUGCUGCACCAUCCCUUUUGUCGUGCUACGGCUUGGUCAAGGGCCUCAGCUUGGCGCUGGCAUUCAUUCAGCUUGGUCAAGAGGGUGAACUAUUGAGACACAUUGAUCGACUCAUUUUAGACAUCGAAGAAUCAUACGGUGCCAUAAAGGCGGAACUGGGUGCUUAUCUGUUUAUAGAUGCGAAAGAAAUCCGGUUCGAUGCUGGUCCGCAAUUGAAUGGUCUUAUACAACUUGAUCUAGAAACAGGCGUAACGGUUUGCCAUUCAGACUGGGAGGUGAGAUGGUUGAGGGCUCUGGGGUCUGGUUUGGUAUACCGACGAUACGAUGCUAACGCGGUAACCAGGAGGCACAGCGAAAGGGAAGGCAGAGAAUCAAUCGGAUACAACAAAUACACAGGAUUAUCGGACUCGUUAGGGAAGAACUUGGCUCUUCGAAGGAAGCCUUCUGAUAGCUUGGGUAGCGAUGUUAUGAUAGAGUGA